UCUGACUCUGCAAUAAUCUACCGGUGGCAUCAUUUCGUCUAUACAGAUGGCGACGUUCCUCUGUUUGUCCUCGACUUUCUUCUGGACAGUCUUUGCUUUGCUGUGCAGUCUUUGUGUGAAUGGCGACGUGUGCUGCGAAACAGCUCGGUCACCAGAUAGCAGUGGCAUUAUCUACGAUGCCUACCUGAAUGCUGGCGUCAUCAUCAACAACGCCAAUUUUGGUGAACCGUACACUUUGAAUUCACACGGAGAACUUGUUUUCCAUGCAGGAACAAGACAAUUUGGACGUCUCUUUCGCAUUCCAUUGUCUAGACCAAACAGACUGAGUGGCCGUGAGACUCUGCUUGUCGAUGUCACCUACUCCAACAGAAGUCCCAUCUCACCAUCCACGGACAUGGAUCCAAGCUUCAUGCUGUCUGAUGGCGUUUCUGCCGUAGGAUUUCUAACACGAGAUAAGGCCAAUUUUCCAUCUCUUUCGCCAAUAGUGCCUUGCGAUGGAACGAGUGGAGCCACCGUCGCAUUAACUUGCUCUGAACGAGAUAUUCGAGUUACAUCCGACCCAGCGACUGUGCACUCUCUACACUUUCGUUUGCAACCAGAACAGCCAGCUUCAGGCAGUUACAGCGGUUCUUACGACCGAGGAGUGUCGGUUUAUAGCAAUUAUACCAAUCUUCUCUAUUUCGAACGUGGACUCUAUUUUGAAGUUUACCGCAAUGACCCCAAUGAGCAAUACAUAUUUUCCUACUUUCGAAUUCAAGUACAGUCUGAAAGUCUCGCCUACUAGAAAUGGUUCGGAAAGUCUUCUUGUCUGAAAUAAGUGACAAACUGUUGACAGAGCGAUGGUGUAAUUAUGUUAAUUGUUUUGUAAUGAUGCAUGCCUAGCGAUUGUAAAACACAUAUUGUUAUGAAUAUUGGUUGCAACGGAAUCUUCAUUGAGAAUGUGUGCUUGAAUUGUCAAAUUUAUCAUUCGUUCAUUUCACCCAACUCACCUGUUUGACUCAAGUCAUUCCCGCGGUUACUAAUCAUUGCAAAGUUCAG